UCCACCUAGCACACCCUAGUUCCUGCAGAAUUCCAACGUAAGACGUGUUAAAGGGAGACGAUCCAAUCUGAUCCGGAGUAGGAGCUCCGGGGCCAGUGCACAAGCUGCGUGUGCACGGCUGUCUCUGGUUUUGGAUUAAGCCUGGGGUCGGCAGUGACUACCCGGAGAGGGGUGCUCCUGGACUCCCCAGUCGUUCCUUGACACUGCCAGCGCCCCUUCUUUCCCAAGCCUGCGGGUUUAGAACAGGCGUGGGAGUGGAGCUCCCAAAUUUAGGAAGAGCAGCGGGAAUCUCCGCUUGGAGCCCAGCCCCGGACUUGAGAACCCACCCGGAUGAUUUAUCAACAGGUGACAUUUAUGAAGACAACGAACCAUACAAUCACUCCUGCCUCAUCACAAAAGAAAGGCAAGAAGGUUCUAUUUCCUUAAACCCUCCUCCAAAACAUCUAACUCGACCCUAAAUCUGAAGAGCCCUGCUUUAUAUCCUAUUACUGAGAUGCCAUCUGAUUGACUGGGAUGUGUGUUCUGCCUUCCUCUGAUGAGUGAUAACCGCAACCUGUUCAGCUUGCAGUAAUUCUUGAUCUUUGGCUAAAAUACACUGACAAUUUUUUCUGUCUUAUCUGUACCAACUAUUUCUAUGGCGUGGACAACAUGCAGUGAGGUAGAAGACAGACGUGACUAGUGGGGCUGAGAAGAGUGGCCCUCGAAGACAGCCCACGCCCUCUUCCUUUCAUACAGCCUGUUAAGCUACUGUAGAAUUCUAGCUUCAUAGCCGCCACCCAGCAGACAGCCUGCACAGCUGCAUGGGCAAGCAUCCCCAGGCAGCAACUGACAGCCAUUCUCAACCGUGCCCCGCCCAUCCCAAACAGCCUGUUCUUUGCACAUCCAAUGUGAGGUCCCCCCAGCUAUAAGGCACCAUGUCUGAGAAGUUCAACUGCCACUACUGCCAGAGUCCCUUGCAGGGGCAGAAGUAUGUGCAGAGGGAGAGCUUCAACUGCUGUCUGGAGUGUUUUGAAAAGCACUGUGCCAAUGUCUGUGAGCAAUGCCAUAAGCUCAUAGGCGCAGAUUCCAAGGAGGUACAUUAUAAGAGCCGCUACUGGCACGACACCUGCUUCCGUUGUGACAAGUGCCUUCGGCACUUGGCCAGUGAGACAUUUGUGGCCUGGGACAACAAGAUCCUGUGCAACCUCUGUGCCACUCAGAAGACCGCCCCCAAAUGCAAAGGGUGCCUACAGCAUAUUGUGGCAGGAGACCAGAAUGUGGAGUACAAGGGCACCGUCUGGCAUAAGAACUGCUUCACCUGCAGCAACUGCAAGGGAAUUAUCGGGACCCAAAGUUUCUUCCCUAAAGACGAUGAGUUCUACUGUGCUGCUUGCCAUGAUGCCAAGUUUGCCAAGCACUGUGUGAAAUGCAACAAACCCAUCACGUCAGGAGGAAUCAGUUACCAGGAUCAGCCCUGGCAUACUGAGUGCUUUGUGUGUGUUUCCUGCUCGAAGGAGCUGGGUGGGCAGCGCUUUACCGCGGUGGGUGACCAGUAUUAUUGCGUGGAGUGCUACAAGAACUUUGUGGCCAAGAAGUGUACUGGAUGCAAGAAUCCCAUCACCGGCUUUGGUAAAGGCUCUAAUGUGGUAACUUACCAAGAAAAUUGCUGGCAUGACUACUGCUUCAACUGCAAAAAGUGCUCUGGAAAUCUGGCCAACAAGCGCUUCGUCUUUCACGAAGAGCAGGUGUAUUGUCCCGAAUGUGCCAAAAAGCUGUAACUUGACAAGGGCUGCGAUCCUGUAAAACAGCAUUCGAACCAUGAUUUGUGUUCUUUCUCUUUCUGCCCUGCACCAACCACAGGGGGACUGGGGCCUUCACCUCUAGAAAGUCGCUCCUCUGUCCUCCCUCACAUUUCACAGUGUUCAGCUAAGGGCACACGGUGAUCAUAUUAGGCUUCAACGUAGAACAACCUUGCGGCAAAAAUCAUUUCUCUGUUGCACUAACCAUGUAACCACAUGAUUUAAGCAAGAAACAUUAGCGAUAAUGCCUCUACUGAGAUGUCCCAGGCUCAGCUGGGUUCCUCUGUGUAGUCACACAACAUGCAAGAGUUGUAGCAAUUGCUCCAACUCAC